AUGGAGACCCGCGGCUCGGCAGUCCUGAGUUUGGGGCAACUUUUUGCUCCCUUCGGGGAGUCCCAGCCCAACGAAGAAGCUGCCUUAGCCCCAGCAUGGCGAGAAGAAGACGCCGAGGAGGAGGAGGAAGAAGAGGAGGCGACGGCAGAAGCACCAGCGGAGGAGAACCAGCAGCCGGAGCGGGACUGCAACGCUGCAGCCGCCCGGGAGAAGGACGAGGAGGUGCUGCUGGAGUGGCGCCGCCGCCGGCCCGGCCGUUCCUUCUCGCUGCCGGACAGCCCGGUGCGGUUCUUCCAGAGGCGGCUGCUGCCGGGCGACAGCGACGGGAGCGAGAGUGAUGAGGACGAGGACGGCGGCGCGGCGGCGGCUUCCCCGACGGCGGCCCUCCGCGGCGGCGGCUGCUGCACCAAGCGGGUGCAGUUCGCCGACGCCCUGGGCUUGUGCUUGGCCAGCGUGAAGCAUUACAGCGCGGCCGAGGAGCCGCAGGUGCCCCACGCCGUCCUCUCCCGCUUGCAAAGCUUCCCCAUGCGCCAGAGGGACUUCGAGGACUUCACCGCCGCCUUGGCCGAGUUGGGGGGUUGCGCGUCGGCGGGGUCGCCUUUCCCUCGGUCUCCGCCCCAGGUCCCGCUCCGGCUGGCUCCCCCGUUGGAUGGGGCGGACGAGCCCAACGGCGCCGAGCGGUUGCGGCGGGACCGCGUCUGCCUGGAGGAGGUGGCGGGCACGGCGCUCGGCGGGGCGCCCACGGACGUGCGCGGCGUGGCGAGGGUGCUGAGCUGCCCGGGCUCCAAGGAGGUGACGGUGCGCUACACUUUCAACGAGUGGCUUUCUUUCCUCGACGUCCCGGCUCUGCCGCUGCCCGAUGGCGGGGACCCUUCGGACGGCUCGCCUCCGGUCGAGCGUUACCAGUUCUCGCUCUGCCUGCCUCCCGGUUUGCCAAACGGGACGGCCGUGCAUUUCGCCAUCUGCUACCGGAGCCAGCAAGGGGAGCAUUGGGACAACAACGGCGGGGCCAACUACACCCUCCGCGAUUGCAGUGCCGAGAAGCCCGCAACUCCCCUGUGAUGAGAACUCGGGAGGUUGGGUUGGGUGCCAGGCGGCUCUUGCCCCGAAAUCGCUCCAAAAAAACCAGCCUAAUUUGCCUUGCGUCAUUGCGAUCUUCCGGAGUCCUGCAGCGCAGCAUCCUAAGGGCUGAAUCCUAUCCACCACUUGCCUUUGCGCCCCUUGCCAAACUUGCGAGAUAAGCCAGCCACAUCACUUCGCGCUUCAGUCAUCCUUGCCCGCCGCCAGCCUGAUAAGCCUUUGCGGGUUUCGAACUGGAUCGAAGAGGCAGCCAGGGGAGAAUCGUGGUCCGGCUUAGGAGAGGGAGAGAGAAGGAGACGUGCCUUGUUUGAGUUAUCAGAAGAAUCCCAAAUAUUUCUGGCACUUUUUGACCCGGGAAAUGAGAAUGAGAAUUAAUGAAAUGAGAAUGAGAAUUAAGACCCAUUGGAUAGCAAUCCUUGUGAAGUCUUUUUUUGCCCUAUAUUUGGGGCUAUAUUCACUUUUGGGUAUGGAAAAAAAGAAAGAACUACAGUAGGAUUGGAACUUUGUCCCCUUUAAAAAGCCAUCUGUGGAUUUGAGCUGCUUUUUCCUGCUUUAGGCAGUGACUUCUACAAAGCCUAGAAUUGCUGCUGUCCCGAAUUCAGAACCCUUCUCUGGGAAUUGGAAUAACUAGAGCAAAAAAAAAUAACGUUUGAAUGUUUGAAGGUUUUCCCCUAUUGUGCCUUAGAACAAAGCUUCUUUAUAAUUGCAGCUGUGAAAUGAUGUUAUGUUUGCAAAUAUCAAGUCUAAGGGAUGACUACUCUUAUUUUGCUGUAGGUGAUCGUUGUGUUGGAAACUACUUAAAAUAUUACUUAACACUUCUUAGCACAGGAAUUGAUCAGGUCUUGAAUAAAGGGUGCAUGGUUUGCGUUGAAAAUUGUAAUGUCUGCUCCAUUAUCCAGGGAUCACGUGUCUUAAGAACAAUUCCCACGCUAUUUGGAGAUUGGAGAUCCGUAUAAGCUGUGAACUAAGUGGUUCUACCACAAAACCGCGGACGACAAAAUCGCGGUCGACGAAAGCGCGUAUGUGACGUCAUCACAGCGCGACGG